AUGACGAAAUCUAUAUGCAACCCCGACCCGCUCUACGACGUGGAGUGGAACAACGGCACCAGCUUCUACUUCGACUCCUCCACCUGCCGCGUCGAGCGGUUCCCCGUCGGCGUGCUGCCGCCCUGGUGGCUCUCCGGGGGCGGCGCCGAGUACAUGGGCCGCGGCGUCACCGGCGGGAUCGAGUGUCACGUCUGGGGCAAGGCCGGGUUCAUCGUCUACUACGAGGAGGCCACCACGGGCCGGCCCGUGCGGUGGAACUUCAUCGACGUGACGGGGAUCGAGCAGUUCGUGAUGAGAUUCGAGCCCGGCGUGGCGCUGGAGGACGACGCACAGUGGCAGGCGCCCGCGCACUGCUUCCCGGACGACGACGACGAAGAAGAAGAACAAGGGGAGCGCAACGAUCAUGUCGCAAGCAGCAGCGAGGAGGCGGUCUGGGAUGGGCUUGAGGCGGCCAGCAGGAUACUCAGGAAGCUUGCAGGCGCUGCAGCAACGUCUUGAUUGUGUUAGUACUUAGUACGCGACAUAUAUAUACAAGUAUAUCUAAUGUUGUUCCUGUCAAAAACAUUAGAUAUAUGCUCGGAGAUGCAUGUGUCGUGUGUACCAGUGUGUAAUCUGUGCACGAAGGAAUAAUGAGAGGCACAUCUAGAAAGCUGGUUUUAGUUGCUUCAGCACAAAGAUGCAGCUUUCAGGACCAAGCAUGCUGUUAUUUGGAAGCCCUGAUCCGAGUUGUGGUUCAGGUCAGUAAAUUGUGAAACCGCGCUUUGUGCUUCCGUUUUCA